GCGACGAGCUAUGGGCGCUGAGGCUAUGGGGGCACCACGUCCGUGAGGCCGUGAGGAUAUUGGAAGAAGAGCUCCCUUUCUCUAUCGAGGUCUCUGGCUUUUCGUGUCGAAUCAAUCGUCUCGUGAGCGACACGAGUGCGGGAGACGUGUUUUUUCCGACUUGCUCGAAUGUGGGCAGGAUUUGAUUGUACGACGGGGCAUGGAAGUCGCAUCUCUGUGGAGGCCUUCCCAUCGUGGAUUUGAUCGUUUUCGGUCUCCGGGAUUGUUGGCAUUUGCAUCUGUGUAAGUGCAGAGAGUGUCGCGAGGAAGGACGAGAGCUGAGGUUCCGCACGGUGCUCGUAUGUUAUGGAUGGUGCGCUGGGAAACUCGUCGACUGAGCUAGACCUCCGUCGUCACGGAUGACACAUCUGUCGGAGAUGAGCCCGUUUCUCGCUGCUGGUGCACCAUUACUUGUGACUCUUGAAGGAAAUUUGUUUUCCGGUGGAAAAGAACAGGAAUUCGAGACUCCACCGGAGCUGGGACUUGCACUUUUUUGGCAGAUGUGGUUAAUAGGCGCCUUCGUCGAAUGCGGCUGAACUUCUCGUGCUCGAAUUCCGGUUACCAGUGACAUCAGUGGCAGGACUCGCAUCCGUUUCACCACGAGUGGCUGCCCCACAUUCGAUUGUCACAGAAGCAACAUGCCGACUCUACGUCCUGCGGAUCGAUGGCUUGAAACUGGGCUCUUCGUUUAUUGUCUCCUUAUGAUUACUUGCACACUGGAUCGCACAUCGGCGGAUCCUAUGAGCAUUGUCGAUCUCUCGACCAUGGAAACCCGAGUGCUUAGGGUGGGCCACGAACGGAAGCAGGACAUGUUGCCUCUGAGAGGAGGAGGAGGGAAAUGUGUGUACGAGCUGGUGGAUUUGGAAGAGUCAUUCCUGUACGAGGUGAAAAUCUCGUACCCCGCCACCAUACCUUCGAGCUUUUCAUUGAGUCUUGCGAAGGAGGAAAUUGUUCAUGGAAGCAGAAGGUUGCUCAACGCCGAUAAGAUCAUCUUCCAAGUCGGGAGAGGAAAUUCUCUGCAGAUCAGCAGAGAUGAGACCAAGUUUAGGGCUCUUGUCCUAGUGACCGUGGAACCAGAGGGCGUUGUAGCCAUGGCACACGUCCAGGAACAAGAGUUCGUCGUCUACAAUAUCAUGUUGGAAAGAGUUCGAUUGGGCGGAAUUCCCGAGCAGGCAAUGUGGGUCGGCUUACUCGCAUUUGUCGCUCUUGCAUUAUCGUUCCUGGCCGCACAGCUCUUCCCAUCUUUGUUAGAAGUAGAGCAGGAAAAGCACAGAGCACCCAAGCUAGCCAUUUCGUGAGUGGAUUGUCGAGCUCUUCUAUCGAUCGCGAAUCUGUCAAGACUUCGCGAGAUAACUCGACAGGCAAGAGUCGCGAUUUCUCGAAGCUUUAGAACGCCGAGAUCGGAUUGCUCUGCUGAGCUGCGAUGUUUCGUCGAAGAGUUUAUCUCGUAGUGAAUGAGAGCAUCGAUCUGUUGAUGGCACGAUUCGUUUCUUGAUCGUAAGCUCGCGAGAAAUCCUGCAACGCAUCGAAUCGGGCAUCGAGCCAAAUUCACUGACGGAAGGAAAGGGGAGUUCUUCGAGGAUGGACGCAGGCAUGGACGGCGUCACUGACGGGGACGGAAGAAUCGAAGAUUCGAUUCUGCCCAUGGGCGCAUUGGAGUGACAGCGCACCGUCCCAACGUUCUCCAUCGAGCAUCGGACGAUGACUGACGGCGUGACGGCUCAAUCGCUGGCGCUAAGACACGUGUUUCUGCAGUCGAAGGAUGGAUGUCGGUAGCAACUUCUGUGACGGACUGAAACGGAGACAGAAUUCUUGACAGGUUUUAUGUUGUAUUGCGGAACCCGGUGACGAACGCAGCAAGGAACUUAAACAGGCUGUCCCAAGCUUUGAAGGCAGUUCAAAACCUCGCAACUUUUAUAGCGGGAGGAGAUAGUUCUCUGGGCUAAAAUUUUGUCAAAGGCAAUAGCAUGGUACAAAAGAAUUUUUAUAUUUCAU